GGGCAGCAAACAGCUGCGGAUUGGGCGCUGCGGUGCCUGGCUAGGUUGCAACGUGACGGAGGGGCGCAUGAGGCGGCGGUGGCGAGCUAUCAGGGAGCCAUUCGUCGUGACCCAGCGGAUGCGGAGUUAUGGGAGGGUCUGGCCGCCUCCUACCAGGCACUCGGCCGACACACCGCGGCUCUCAAGUCGUUCAAUCGCGCUCUGGAGCUCGCCCCCGGCCGCCUCUUCAGCCGAAUGCAAGCCGCAGCGCUGCACUACCAGCUAGGAGACAUGCCGUCAGCUCUGUCGUACUAUCGUACGGCACUGGCGGCGGCGCCGAGCCACCCGGCGGCACUACUGGGUUGCGGCGAGGUGCUGUUGGCGCAGGCGGCGCUGGCGGCACGUGCCGGGGCGGCGGGGGCGGCGGCGGCGGAGCUGGCGGAGGCAACGACGCUGGCGGCGAGGGCGACGGGACAGUACGGCAACUUGCAGGCCGGUUGGAAACUACUGGGAGAUGUGCGCAUGCAGCAUGCUGCCGUACCCACCCUGGAGAGCGUCGUCGCAAUGACCCAUGGGUCAUCACUAGGUCCAGCUGCCGUACAGUCCGCGCUGGAUGCCGCCCGACAGCGAGUGGCGCGGCUGCGGUCGGCGCGCCGCGCGUACGCGGCUGCAUUGCAUCUCGACCCACGGGUCGCUGGCCUGUGGGGCGACGUGGCUACGUCGUACCAUUUGCAGCUGGAAGUAGCAAGCCAGCAUCCGGAAUUGGAGCGAGAGGAGGUUGCUGCUCCUACCCAUACGGCACGGACACGUAUACAAAAGGACCAGGACGGAAACCAGGAAGCAACAGUAAACGCGACGACAACCGGCAUUCGGCUUCGUGCGUUGUCGUUCGCUCGUGGCGGCCUUCGACUGGACCCAGCAUCGGAUUGGCUGUGGGCUUGCGCAGGAACCAUUGCCGCCGCGGCAGCCG